AUGUAUACAAGUCAUGAAGACGUUGGGUAUGAUUUUGAAGAUGACCCCAAAGAUAAGAAGACACUUAAACCCCACCCAAACAUUGAUGGCGGAUGGGCUUGGAUGAUGGUCCUUUCCUCUUUCUUUGUGCACAUCCUCAUCAUGGGCUCCCAGAUGGCCCUGGGAGUCCUCAAUGUGGAGUGGCUUGAAGAAUUCCAUCAGAGCCGUGGCCUGACGGCAUGGGUCAGCUCCCUCAGCAUGGGUGUCACCUUGAUUGUGGGACCUUUCAUUGGCUUGUUCAUUAACACCUGUGGGUGCCGCCAGACCACGAUCAUCGGAGGGCUGCUGAACUCCCUGGGCUGGGUGUUGAGUGCCUACGCUGGAAACGUGCAUUAUCUCUUCAUUACCUUCGGAGUGGCAGCCGGCUUUGGCAGCGGGAUGGCCUACUUGCCGGCCGUGGUCAUGGUGGGCAGGUACUUCCAGAAGAGGCGCGCGCUCGCCCAGGGCCUCAGCACCACCGGGACCGGGUUUGGCACAUUCCUCAUGACGGUUUUGCUCAAGUACCUGUGCGCAGAGUACGGAUGGCGGAAUGCCAUGUUCAUCCAAGGCGCGGUGUCCCUGAACCUGUGUGUUUGCGGGGCGCUCAUGAGGCCCCUCUCUCCUGGGACGGAUGGAGACGACCCAGAAGGGAAAGAGCCACACGUCCUCCCGGCUCACUCCACCGAAUCUGUUAGGUCCAGUGGACAUCUGGGCGGAGCGGAAGAGAAGGGGGGCGGCCCCGGCACCGAGGACUCCCUCGGGGACACGCCAGCCCAGGCGUGCCACGAGAAGGCUGCACACAGAAAGGACGUGUGCGCCUUUCGGGUUCUGAAGACCGUGAGCCGCCUGACCGUGAGGGUCAGGAAGGGCUUCCGGGAUUGGUACUUGGGCUAUUUUGGGACAGCCUCGCUCUUUACUAAUCGGAUGUUUGUUGCCUUUAUUUUCUGGGCUCUGUUUGCAUACAGCAGCUUUGUCAUCCCUUUCAUUCACCUCCCAGAAAUAGUCAAUUUGUAUAAUUUAUCAGAGCAAAACGAUGUUUUCCCUCUGACUUCGAUCAUAGCGAUAGUUCAUAUCUUCGGAAAAGUGAUCCUCGGCGUCGUGGCCGACUUACCUUGCAUCAGCGUUUGGAAUGUCUUCCUGAUGACCAACUUCACCCUAGUCCUCAGCAUUUUUAUUCUGCCCCUGAUGCACACGUACGCUGGCCUGGCAGUCAUCUGUGCACUGAUAGGGUUUUCCAGCGGUUAUUUCUCCCUGAUGCCGGUGGUGACUGAAGACUUGGUGGGGAUUGAGCACUUAGCCAACGCGUACGGCAUCAUCAUCUGUGCUAACGGCAUCUCUGCGUUGCUGGGACCACCUUUUGCAGGGUGGAUCUACGACAUCACACAAAAAUAUGAUUUUUCCUUCUAUAUAUGUGGUUUACUCUACGUGGUAGGAAUACUCUUUUUACUCAUUCAACCGUGUAUUCAAAUUAUAGAACAAUCCAGAAAAAAAUACAUGGGUGGUGCAAAUGCGUAG